AGGCUUUGCAUGGUACAGUGGUUCACAAGUUUUUGGCUCUAAUAGAUCGUUUCAGAUUGUGUCUAAGCCGAUUGAAUAUCUGCUCGAAAGAGAGCUGGCCCAUACUCAUGCGAUUGCAAGGAAUAAUGCAUCCGCCCGAAGCCUCUUUUCACGGCAACUUGCGUGUUUACAAGCUGGUUCUUCUUGGCGAAGGUGGCGUUGGGAAAUCAGCUUUGAUCGUUCAGCUGAUUUCACACCAGUUUCUUGACUACCAUGACCCAACUAUCGAGGAUGCUUACCAACACCAGGUGGUCCUUGACAAUGAACCAGCCCUUCUUGACAUUCUGGACACAGCGGGCCAGCAAGAGUUCACGGCCAUGAGGGAACAGUACAUGCGCAAUGGAGAAGGCUUCAUUAUUAUUUAUUCCAUUACUGACCGAAGCAGCUUUAAUCUUGCUGCACAGUACAAGGAUCAAAUAGAGAGGGUUCGUCGUACAGAUGAUAUUCCCAUUGUGCUUGUUGGCAACAAGGAUGACUUGGAGGGAAAGCGAGAGGUCACCACACAAGAGGGGCAAGAACUUGCCCACAGAUUUGACUGUCCAUUUUUUGAGACCUCAGCUUGCCAGAGGCAUUUUGUUGACGAUGCAUUUCAUGGACUUGUACGAGAGAUCCGUAAAAAGGAAAAACAAAGACUUACAGGACAUUUUCAAGAAGAGAAGAAAGGACUUGUGAAAAGUUUGAGGAAUUUUGUCAAGCGACGAGGAAGGAAAACAGUUAGUUAGUAUACCUCUAGAUGAAGGGGUUGUUGUGGGAUAAAAGUUGAAUAUCACAAAAUAAGUUAUUCUAUGUAUAGUAAUCCACCAUUCUUUGACAACUGCCAUUGCUUAUAAAAAAUCAGAUUUAAAAGGUGGGAAAAGAAGGAAUGUAUUUUAUGAUAGCCUUUAUUUUGUCUAACAUUUUUAUGACCAUGAUCCAGAUAAUUAAAUUGAGGGAACGAGACUUGAUAUUGGGGUUUCUCUAAUGUAGCUUAGAUAAAAAGGACCAGCCCUUUUGCUCACUAGACACCCAUUGGUCUUUAUACAGGCUCUCUAAAUGCUCAAAAGUUUUGUUUUUUUUCAAGUUCGAAAAGAAAGCGCUAGAUCCUUGAAAAUGGAUAACCUUUCUUAACAACGUUUGUGUACAUAAAAAAGUGCAAUACCUGCAACCAGGUCACAGGCUGAAGGAGGCAAUGCUGACAGACCAUACUCUGUGUGGUGGCUCUAAAUUGAAUCAAAAGCAUUCCUGACCAUGAGAUUUUUGAAUGUAGAAAUCUCAGGAACUAUGAGUUAUGAAUAGAAUUGUACAAUUAACAGUAUUUGAUCGCAUGCCGACACAAUGCUUAUGUGUACAAUAUACACUAAGCAAUGUAUUUGAUGUAAAAAUAAAAUAGCAUUAGAGGACCUAAAAUAAACUUUGUACAUCUUCA